AUGGCUCAGCCUAUAAUCACGGUUAUCGAUCCUGAGCUCUGCUCGCAACUUACGCAAGAAACACCUCAGCCGAGGCAUCCCAUGUUCGGAUGGGCUUUAACACCGGUGACAGACGGUAUUGACUUGAUAUCGAUGAACAUGGCUGACCAUGAAGUAUGGCGCUCUCGGCUGAAUCCGGGGUUUUCGUCUCGGAACGUCAUUCAAAACAUGCCCACCGUCCUGGAGGAGGUUUCCAUCUUUGCUCAAAAAUUGAAAGACACUGCGGAUGCGGACAGUCUUGAGUGGGGCACACUUUGUAUCGGAAAAUGCCGCAACUAUGCGAGAUAUUCUCUUGCCGCAGGUUCAGUCGCGCUUCAGCGACACACUCUUGAAUCAAAGAAUCAGAAAACAGUUAUCGAUCUUGCUAUCAAAGACUUCAAAGAGCGCCGCCAGCAGCCAACACCCGAGUUUAUCUGUAUCAGUAUAAGCAACUUAAAGGCGUUCUUGUUUGCUGGCCCCGACAUCCUCCAAAGACUACGCGCAGAGCAUGAAGUGCUAGGCCCCGACCCAAAAUCAGCAAAUAAGGUGUUCCAAGAAAGCCCUCAUAAGGUGAACGAGCUACGCUACACGGCGGCAGUCAUCAAGGAAUCGCUCCGCAUCCAUUCUCUAGCCAAUAUAUUCCGGCAAGGCAGCGCUAGAUUCAACUUCUCGCUUGACGGCAUGUGGUAUCCCACUUACGAGUGCAAGAUCCAAACAAGUCCGACGAUGACUCACAUCCAUCCAGAACUGUGGCCUCGCCCGACGGAAUUUAUACCAGAUCGGUUCCUGGUUUCGGAGGGCCAUGCUCUGUAUCCUCUUAAGAAUGUGUGGCGACCCUUCGAGCUGGGAAAUACGAAAUGCAUCGGGCAGGAACUGGCGGUGUUGGAACUGAAGCUCGCGUCGGUUCUUACUUGGGACGUGAUGCAGAAAAGGGAUGGGAUAGGUGCGGCGGCGGAGACUGUUAAUGGUGAACGCGCGCGUACAGAUCUGGAGAGGGUAUUGGUUGUGUCAAAGACGAUUUACCAGUAA